UGGGGGAGGUGGAAGUGAACCAGGACCCUCGGACUACCCACCUAGCGCUGCAGCAGCGCGAAACCGGGAGGCUGCCGCGGCAGCGGCGCUGCACGCCGCCAGAACUCUGUUGGGCGCGGGGGUGGCCAACCCUUGUCCAACCACCCCCGAGCCGCCCUUCUGGAAGAUGCCGCACAAAGAAGAGGACCUGAUCCACGGCGGACUCGGGGGUAGUGCAAUGGUCAACCAGAACUCCAUAUUCGGCUGCUCGAGCGCCGGUCACAGCGGCGUAAAUCAACUGGGUGGCGUCUACGUGAACGGAAGGCCGCUGCCCGACUCCACCAGGCAAAAGAUCGUCGAAUUGGCCCACAGCGGCGCCAGACCCUGUGAUAUAUCCCGAAUACUUCAAGUCAGUAAUGGAUGUGUCUCCAAAAUUUUAGGAAGAUAUUACGAAACAGGCUCGAUAAAGCCACGAGCAAUUGGUGGAAGUAAGCCGCGAGUCGCCACGACCCCAGUUGUGAACAAAAUAUCGGAUUACAAACGCGAGUGCCCUUCAAUUUUCGCAUGGGAAAUUCGCGAUCGGUUGCUACAAGAAGGCGUGUGCAACAACGACAACAUACCCAGCGUGUCGUCGAUCAACAGGGUACUGCGAAAUCUGGCCUCGCAAAAGGAGCAGCAGGCCGUGUCGGUGCAGGCGCAUCAGGGCGCCGAGAGCGUCUACGACAAGCUGCGAAUGUUCAACGGACAGACGGCGGGCUGGCCGCACGCUUGGUACUCGGCGACCCCCUCGCAUCACUCCUUGACCAGCGGCAUACCAGGCGCUGGAACGCCCACCGCUGGUCAGACCUUACUCAGUCCCGUUGGUCAACCUCAUGGCCGCGACGACGCCCUCCUCAAACGCACAGAUACAGGGUCGUUGUUAACGCAUCAACAAGAAACGACGUCCGAUGGUAACUCCGAGCACAAUUCUUCGGGCGACGAAGAUUCACAAGUCCGAAUGAGGCUAAAAAGAAAACUGCAGCGCAAUCGGACCUCAUUCUCCAACGAACAGAUCGACAGCCUCGAAAAAGAAUUCGAGAGGACGCACUAUCCGGACGUGUUCGCCAGGGAGCGCCUUGCCGAAAAGAUUGGAUUGCCUGAGGCACGUAUCCAGGUGUGGUUCAGUAAUCGACGAGCCAAGUGGAGACGCGAGGAGAAGCUCCGCACCCAGAGACGCAACGCCGUCGAUCAGGUAGUCGGCGGCGGCAACAGCGGCGCGGGAAGCGCGGGCAACGGCGGGGCCAGCGGAGUGGGUAGCGCCAGCAGUGCGCCACCCGCCGCGAGUCCGGCCACGCCGAGAUUGCCGCUCAACGCUGGAUUCAACACCAUGUACUCGUCGAUUCCGCAGCCCAUUGCAACGAUGCCCGACACUUACAGUCCGAUGUCGAGCAGCCUGGGCAGCUCGAUGGGCGGCAGCUGUCUGCAGCAGCGGGCCGACUAUCCGUACGUGUUUCACGAGCCGCUCCACUCGCUGACCCAAUCGGCGUACUCGCACGCGGCCCACCAGUCAGUGGCCGCGGCGGCGCACUCCCAGACCCACCGUGGCAUCAGCUCGAGCGGGGCUCACGCGCCGGGCACACCCACGACUCCGGGCGCCCAGAGCGCCUCGGGGCCUGGCUCUGCAAGCUCGUAUCAGCCCACCACCUCGACCGCCACCGGUGAGUUUUUCUUUAACGAUAAGCACUAUUACGAGUGGUACUAUCAGCAACACCAUACACAACAAUACUAUCAGCAACACCAUACACAAGAAUACAUGGCAUAUUAAACAAAAAAACAAGAGCAAGGAUGAAGAAAUUUGUAAAUAAAAAUUUG